AUGCGCUCUAUAGUUGUUGACCAGGCCCUGGAGGUCGUCGAGGAGUAUCAGGGGAAGAUGUUGAAGAUCGAGCAAGCUGUGCUGCUCAAGCCGAGCAUGAAGACAGUUCGCAGACUUCACAUCCUGCAAGGCGACCUCGUUCUGCAUAAGCGCACCCUAGAGCCCAUCAAGACCGUCAUCUAUGGCCUCCGCAGGUACGACGUCGACCGCGCCAUGGCGUUGCGAGAUACGAUAGAGGAUAAGAGGAAAGAGGAGGGCUACAUGAGCCACAAGGCUAAGAUAUACCUCGCGGACGUGCAUGAUCAUAUGGAGUACAUUCUCUCCAGCUUGGACAUGAUCGCGGACGUGACAUCGAACCUGAUGGAUUACACUUUCAACAUGGCAUCGUAUGAGAUGAACGAGGUCAUGCGACGCCUCACGCUCAUAACCAUCAUCUGCCUGCCUCUCACCCUGCUCACCGGGUACUUCGGCAUGAACUUCUAUACGAUGUUCUCCGUGACUCACCACAGCGAUAUCUUCUUCUGGGAGGUCGCAAUCCCACUCAUGCUCACCAUCAUGCCCAUGUUCUUCCUGAGCGACUUGCGGCGCCUGAAGCACUACCUCGAGAAGCGUACUCAGCGCCAUGCGAUCAAAAAGGCUUACCGUCAGACCCCGCGGCACUCUCACGGCUCCAUCCUCAUGCUAGUCCCCGUCCUCUUCCACUCCUCACGCCACAACCCCUACACCAGCAUCUAA